UAGCUCACAUCGCCCAUGUUACUAACAACUACCACAGCAAAGGAAUAUGAUGACGGUUAUCAGUGCGGAUUAAAAGACGUAAAAAAGCUUCAAGGGAGCUUCUUCAUUAAAAAAUAUUCUUAUUUGUUUCGUAUUAGAGGUUUCUGUUUUAUUCAAAUACGUCUUUGCAUCACGCCCCACAUCUAACCAUGCGGAUGCUUGGACCGUUAAUGAUGUUGGCUUUUAUGAUGGCCGCCAUUUCUAGCUGCAUAGUUUCUGCGGAGACCACUGAACCUCCUGAGAAAGUUAGAUUGGAGGGAGGCUCAAGAAGUUCCGAGGGACGUGUUGAGGUCUUCCUUGAUAGCCAAUGGGGUACGGUGUGCAACAACCUGUGGACACUCCGCGAAGCAAACGUGGUCUGCAUGCAGUUGGGGUAUGUCGGGGCCGACAACGUUUUCUACGAUGGGAAUAAGUUCGGCGAGGGAGUUGGAGAUAUCUUGCUUAAUAUGGUGCAGUGCGAAGGGACCGAGCAGGAUCUACUUGAUUGCCCGCAAGGUGUGACCGCUGGACCACCGUGUGAUCAUUCUGAAGAUGUGGGAGUUGAAUGCACCACGACAAAUUCUAUAAGGCUAGCUGACGGUGCAUCCUAUCGGGAAGGAAGACUUGAGAUGCUGGAUGAAAAUGGUCAAUGGGGUACGGUCUGCGCUCAGGAUUGGAAUCUUGAGGACACUAGUGUUGCUUGCAGACAGCUAGAUCGUAUGGAUGAAAACCUUGUUGACUUGGAUUGGUUUACAGCAGCUCCCGGAUCAGGUCCAAUUGUGACAGGGGGUCUACAAUGUGAAGGAGAUGAAAACAGACUGGACAACUGCACACAGGCAGCCGAUUGGACACCUGAAAGUUGUGAUCCGAGCAUGCAUGGUCAGGACAUCGGUGUUAGCUGUAACCCAAGUAUCACGUUAUUUCCAGAUGGCCUCGUCAUCCUUUUCCACGGGGGAGCCUACGGAACAAUCUGCCCUGGUGAUAACUGGGACCAGAACGCAGCAAGUGUGGCUUGUCGGCAUCUGGGACAUAAGGGUGUGAAAGAAAGCAUGAGAGUUGAAUUCGACUAUGACUUAAAAGUUAUUAUGAGUAACCCAAGGUGUUCUGGCGACGAAACCUUCUACACGGAAUGCGAUUCUGUCGAGUGGGCCUACCAAGGCGACUGUUCACCAGGAACUGGUGGUGCUGCAGUCAUUUGCGACAUUGAGGAACCAGAAAUCAAGAUCAGAAACGACUCUCCAUAUCCUGAAAUCGGUAGAGUGGAAAUCUCCUUAACCGACCCCUCUAAGUUUAUGGCAAUAUGUAACUCCACUUGGGACAUCGCAAAGGCCAAUCUCAUUUGCCGACAACUGGGUUACGCUGGAGGAGCUGUCCAAGUCUUCUCCGUCGGUGAUGGUACGGAUCAGGUGAUAACUGAUCUUGAAUGCCCGGAUGGUGCGGCCAGCCUAGCCGACUGCACGUUUGAAACGAUGGAAGUGGAGAAAGCAGAGAACUGUGAUAUUGACCAAGUAGCUGGUGUCGUAUGCUCGAGUUCUGCUGAAGAUAGUUUAGUACCGCUAGUCAGUGGUGGAUCUACAUCGGAAGGGGUCCUGGAGUACAAGAUUUCGGGUCUACCAGCGCUUAUAUGCGAUCCAGAUUGGAGCGAUAGAGAGGCUACGGUCGCAUGUCGAAUGCAUGGAUACGAGAUGGGCAAUGCUACCCAGGUGGUAAAUCUGGCGCACUCAAAAGACAGUUUUCCGUACAGUUUUCAGAAAUAUAACUUCACGUGCCUGGGAUCUGAAGCCUCGUUGGCAGACUGUCAGAUGGAGGCUAUCGAAUCUGUCGAGGAAUGCAGUCCAGAUGACAUAGUCCAGGUCACAUGUCAACCUUACAAAGACUUGGAUUUACGCUUGGUAGGGAGCCCAGCCUCGGAACAGGGUAGGGUGGAGGUCUUUCUAGGAGGAGAAUGGGCAUCUUUAACAUUUAUAAUUUCGUAUCAUCGUGUCAUCAGGGAUCGUUUGUGUCAGCUACUAGGGUAUAAGGAAUACAACACAGGCAUAGCUGCAGCUGGCGAUGAAGAUCCGUUUGGCGCAGGAACAGGGAAAGUUUUGAAUUGUUCUUUGACAUUUCCCGACGGUUGUGAAGACGUGCUGACAGAGGUUUCUGACAGUGAGCCUCGCAAUGAUGUAGGCGUAGUCUGCACACCCUAUGGUACGGUUGAAAACCACCCGGUAAGGCUGGUUUCCGAGACAGGAGUUGCAAAUAAUGAAACAGGACGAGUUGAGAUAUUACACGAUGGUGAAUGGGGUGCAGUCUGUGGGACAAGACCUGUCACCUAUAACGGUGUUCACAGGGUUGUUUGCAGAGAGCUGGGUUACACUGACUUGCAGUAUGCAAAUCGUCUUACCGGAGCAGACCAGGAUCCAUUUCUAAAUGGAAGCGAAAAAAUCUGGCUCUCCAUUGACUACUGUACUACUUCUAGACUUUACACGUGUGACCACGGGCCGUGGGGACAGCACCCCGACGACUGUACACCGUCGGUGGUUACCUGUGUUCGAGCUGAUGACGAUGACGAUGACGAUGAUGAUGACGAUAAUUCAGCUCCUGGUUUGCUCCACGCUCAUCAGACAACUUUAAUCUUCGGAGGUGUGUUGAUGGUUCUUCUCGUCAGCGCCCAGUGAUCUAGGAGGCCAAUCUUAUGGAAAUAAUACCAUAUUUAACGAGCCUUUGGUGUUUUUUAAAAUCAUUCAAGAAUAUUCUUUUUCAUUGAUAAAAACAAGUGGAUAAACUAGCUAGUCUAUCAGUUGCAUAUACAGGGCAUUUGCCUUGUACUGAAUACGUGUAUGACCCUCCAGUAAUCUCCCGGUAAAAAAUAAUAAUAGAACUUUGUUUGUCUUUUGCUUUAUUCACAUAUCGUUUGAAUCAAAAUAUAGAUCUUCAAAAGACUUUUUGUUUUCAAUUUCAGAAAUUAAUGACGUAAACAUAAUGUGCCCCCCCCCCUUCUUGUACGCUAAAGUCUGUAUAAAAGAAAAAAG